AUGAUUGCAGAGAUAUGUAAUCAUUGUGGACAUGUUGGUACACUUUGCCUUGCACUCACAAAUACAUUGCCCAGGACAUUAUAUUUUGGAUCAUCCAAGUUUAAGAAAUCAUCAAUACCAAAGACUGUCACAUAUGUAGUCGUCUCUGAAUACUCUCAGAAGUGUAUCAGAGAAAAUUCAUUCAGGAGCAGUGUCACAUCAAUUCGGUUCAAUGGUGAUUUCCAUCUCGGUGACGAUACCGAUGUCCUGCCACCAAAGCUUCAGAUCCUUGAUGUGGCCGGCACAAUGACAAUCCGUCAUCGAAUGCUCCCACCUACCUUGACAUCAUUGAAGAUGACGGGAACGCAAAACAACAUGCCAAUCAAGGUUGGCACGUUCCCAGAAGGCUUGCUCGAGCUGUCCUUUAGCAUUUCAGAGCUGAAGCCAGGACUCCUCCCAGAGUCACUUCAAUCAUUGACCUUUGGCUCACUGUUCAAUCAAGAGAUCGCGCCAGGACUACUCCCACCAUCGCUCACUUUGUUGAGUCUGGGCUCGAUGUUUAACCAAGAGAUUGCCGUUGGAGUGCUGCCUGCAUCGCUCACCUCUCUAUCCUUUGGUGCUUUGUUCAACAAGCCUCUCAUCAAUCAAGAAGGUGUCUCUAUCCUCCCACAGCAUCUGACAUCCCUAUCAUUUGUAUCAUAUAAUCAUCCACUACCCGCACUUCCUGCAUCAAUGACCAAUCUGGAUCUUGGAAAUAAGUUCAAGCAUCCAAUGGAGGUUCCUCAGUCUCUUACAUCACUUGCACUGGGUCCAGUCAUGUACGACCAUGCCUUGAUACUUCCAACAUCGUUGACAUCCUUGAAGUUCACUCAAGAGUUUAACAAGAAGGUGACCAUAGGAUCGCUCCCUCAAUCACUCACCUCUGUUUUAUUUGGUGACAAGUUCAACGAACCAAUCCUACCUGGAUCACUCCCCAACUCCAUCACUCACUUGACCUUUGGGCAUUCGUUUUAUCCUGUCAUCUUUCAGGAUGGAGCAUUGCCAGCCUCCCUUACCUCAUUAAUAAUCGAGUCUUCCCGGAUUGACCACAAUAUGGAGCUUCCCGAUCAAAUCAAACAUCUAAGUGUGCCUUACUUCAUACCAAAGAAGUGCCUGCCCAGGGGUCUGAAGAACUUGACCAUCACAUUGGCCCACACGCCCAUCGGUACGUUGAAGACUGUACACUUGGAUUCGCUGGCCAUCCAGAUCAAGACCAGAGAGUUCAGCCUUGCCCUGUGGUUGUAUCGUCGCUUGAAUGCCAAGAUUCCCAAUGUGGGUACCUACCGCUUCCAGCACAAACGUGAGCACUUUGCCGACUUUACCAGGAUUGGAAACGACUGGCUGUUGCUAACCUUCAAGUGGGGCGGUGUCCGUACAUUUGGAUUCCACUUCUUUGUUGAGGAGCCAAUACCCAAGAAGUCCUACUACUCUGGAGGUUAUUAUUAUUAA